AGCGUGGCGGGGCGCAAUGGAAAGCAGAGUGGACCCGAGCCGUGGCGCCUAGUUCACGCCGGACCUGUGCUUAACCCGGCCGGGCAUUGUAGCGCUUAGGUUCGGAACUGGAAGGCCACUUUCGCGAGCUAACCACCAGGAGGGGUGAGUGAGAAUGGGCGGAGCUAGCCCUCCUCCCUGGGAGGGUGGGGUGUUGGCUGCAGAGUUUGUGAAAAGUUGUGAGACUAGCUGGAGGAAGUGGACAGAGAGCCAUAGGGUCUGUGCCGGAGGCCGAGGACUUAGAGGUCGCAGGUGACCCCGUAGUGGACGCUGUGGCUGGAAAGGAGCAGAGCGCCCGCAGGAAAGGAGAGAUCUGCUGGGAAGUUCGCCUCUGCUUGAACCAGAAACCUAAGCUGCGGGGCUCGCAGCCCUUCCCCUGCUUGGUGACUCCGGUGGCUGCGUCUGCGCCCUAGCCAUGAGGAUCCGGAUGGCCGUGAGGUGGACCUGGGCAGGCAAAAGCUGCCUGCUGCUGGCGCUUUUAACAGUGGCCUAUAUCCUGGUGGAACGCUCGGUCUCCACUUUCCAUGCCUCCUCAGGAGCUGGCGUUGCCAGGGAGCGGGGGCUAAGACAGCUCUCAGACCCGGAGGAAUACGCGGAGGAUUUGUCUCGACCUCUCUAUGCAAAACCCCCUGCAGACUCCUGGGCACUUGGGGAGUGGGGGAAAGCCAGCAAACUCGAGCUCAGCGAGGGUGAGCUGAAGCAGCAAGAAGAACUGAUUGAGAGAUAUGCUAUCAAUAUAUACCUCAGUGACAGGAUUUCCCUGCACCGCCAUAUACAAGAUAAAAGAAUGUAUGAGUGUAAAUCCCAGAAGUUCAACUAUAGGAAACUUCCCACCACCUCUGUUAUCAUUGCUUUCUAUAAUGAAGCCUGGUCAACUUUGCUCCGCACGGUCCACAGUGUUUUGGAAACUUCUCCUGCGGUCCUUUUGAAGGAAAUCAUCUUGGUUGAUGACUUAAGUGACAGAGUUUAUUUGAAGACACAGCUUGAAACUUACAUCAGUAAUCUCCAGAGAGUCCGCUUGAUAAGAACAAAUAAGCGGGAAGGGCUGGUUAGGGCCCGUCUGAUUGGAGCCACUUUUGCCACUGGGGAUGUCCUCACUUUCCUGGAUUGUCACUGUGAGUGUAAUGCUGGUUGGUUGGAACCUCUUUUGCACAGGAUUGGUGAGGAUGAAACAGCCAUUGUUUGUCCUGUUAUCGACACCAUUGAUUGGAAUACUUUUGAAUUCUAUAUGCAGACUGGAGAGCCCAUGAUUGGUGGGUUUGAUUGGCGCUUAACAUUCCAGUGGCAUUCUGUCCCCAAAGAAGAAAAGGACAGACGGAAAUCAAGAAUUGACCCAAUCAGUUCACCUACCAUGGCAGGAGGACUGUUUGCUGUCAGCAAAAAAUAUUUUCACUACCUUGGAACUUAUGACACUGGCAUGGAAGUUUGGGGAGGUGAAAACCUUGAGCUUUCUUUCAGGGUUUGGCAAUGUGGUGGCAAAUUGGAGAUCCACCCGUGUUCCCACGUGGGCCACGUAUUUCCCAAGCGGGCGCCUUAUGCUCGGCCCAAUUUCCUGCAGAAUACUGCGCGAGCAGCAGAAGUAUGGAUGGACGAGUACAAAGAACAUUUCUAUAAUCGAAACCCUCCAGCAAGGAAAGAAGAUUAUGGCGAUAUUUCUGAAAGAAAAUUACUCCGAGAACGUCUGGGUUGCAAGAACUUUGACUGGUAUUUGAAAAAUGUGUUUUCUACUUUACAUGUGCCAGAGGACAGACCAGGCUGGCACGGGGCUAUUCGUAGUCUAGGGAUUUCUUCUGAAUGCUUGGAUUAUAACUCUCCUGACAGCAACCCCACAGGUGCUAACCUUUCACUGUUUGGAUGCCAUGGUCAAGGAGGCAAUCAAUUCUUUGAAUAUACUUCAAACAAGGAGAUAAGGUUUAAUUCUGUGACAGAGUUAUGUGCAGAGGUCCCUCAGAAAAAAAACCAUAUAGGAAUGCAAACUUGUCCCAAAGAUGGGGUCUCUGUUCCAGCAAACAUCAUUUGGCAUUUUAAAGACGAUGGAACCAUUUUUCAUCCACACUCAGGACUGUGUCUUAGUGCUUAUCGGACUCCUGAGGGCCGACCUGAUGUUCAGAUGAGAACUUGUGUUGCUGGAGAUAAAAAUCAAAUCUGGAGCUUCGAGAAAUAGAAGAGCACAACAGCACUUUCGUCCUGAGCUAACAGUAGCAUCAGGACCACGGAGGAGCCUCUGUGAAGAUUGUAUUGUCUCAGAAAUCACCCAGUGGUCAUCUGUGAGAGCUCUGUCAAAGCUGUGUUUCAGUUGGGUCUAGAACAAUGACAGUGGGUGCCCCUAGAGCUGCUGUUAAAUAUUUCAAAGUGCCUUACAUAUGGAUUGUUUUAUUUAAGAGCAUUGUUAGUAGGAUCUUUUCUCUUUAAAGAGGUUGACUGUGAAUUGAUAUUACAAAAGAGUUUAGUAGCCAGACUUGGUGUUAAAGAAUGUAAAAGUCCAGGCAGAAUGAGGGAUGGUUUAUGUUCAAGGGUAAGUUCACUGCACAUCCCGUUUUUUCGACAAAACUCGUAACUGUGCAGUUUGAGCUAUUGGUGUUUAAUUGUACAUAGAAUCUGAAUUUCUUUUUGCCAGCACAUUAAACUUUAGGUUUUGUUAAUUUUUUAAUUCUAAUUUUCCUUUAGUCAAAUCAAAAUCAAGAAAAGUUGAUCUUAAGGAGAAAGCGCUGGAUAUUUGUGUCAUUGGUAGAGGGUAUUAAGUUUGAAUGUGCAUUUCAAGGUUUUUUUUUUUAACUUAUAGACAUCUCAGAAAAUUUACCCACACCUGAAUGAACUGGGGAGAUAUUUACAUUCCACACUUUGUAAACUUGAGCUGUUAGACUUAACUGAUCUUGUUGAUACCUCAAAUCCCUCUGAUUUUGUAGGCUGUCCUCUCUGUGAACUUGUUUGUGUGUCUAGGGCAUUUUCUGAUUGCACUUCCUUAAGUGAUGAAUGUAGUGGAGAGGGACUCAUUCAGAAUACUAUACUUCCCUUUGUUAGUGCUUAAUCACUUAAAGUAAACACAAUUGAGGCCUCUCUGAAGUAAACCCAACUGUGUUUACUAAAAUGUGUAAAACUGAAAGUGGGCCUGCCUCUAUGGAGGCUGGAGAACUCUUCUAGGAGCUCUUGCUGAAUAGGGCAUUUAAGGAUUUGUCUUUAGACAAGGAAAAAAAGACUGCCUUGGCAAAGUGGUGAAUGCUGCCUCCUAGUUUGUUUUCAGCACCUAGCACCAAGCUGGGCAUUGGACAGCUUUCAGCAAGUGGGUGAGUGAAUGACUGAAUGAAUGAAUGGCUAAGCCCAAGGAAUGUGACAUUGGUCAAUGCAUUUGACCAGCUGACUCAGUUUGCGCCUUAGGUUCCUCGUCUGUAAGAUGUGAUUGCUGGAAUAGGUCUUAAAGUUCUCUUCAAGCUCUGAAAUAUAAUGAUUGUACAUUAUACCCUUAUCAGCUUCGGUAACUGUGCAAUUCUUUGAAAACUUUUAUAUCUAUUCGCUUUUAACGUUGGUAAUGUUGUUGAGCAACAUCCAGUCCAGUUAUGAAACUGGAAAAAAUGGUUUUAAAAAUUAAGUGAGCUGAGCUCAAUUGAAGUGAUUUAUUUUGGAUUGACUGGAAAAGUUCUUGAGAUCAUAUUUAUAGUCAUUUCAUUUUGAUAAUUGUUGAACCAAUUUUGUUUUUAAUCUUUCAGACUUUAAAAGUAAUUUUUUGGGCUAAGGAUAUAAGUAUUUCCCAAACUCAAUUAUUUGAGAAGUAAACAUUUCAAUAAAAAUAUUUUUACUGUUUUUUUUUUUU